AUGCCCAACGGCAACAACACUCGCUGGCGUGGCGGGGACGUGUCCGACAGCGACAGUGAUCAAGACUUUGUGCCACGGACCCGCGCGCAAGCCCGUGGACGCCGCUCACGCGCCGCAGCGACCACCGCCUCGACCCCGGCUCUGGCGCCAUCCACCCCAAAGUCGCCAGGCGAGUCGUACCCAGUCAAUGCCCAGGACACGGGUUCGGGUGCUGGUUCGGGUAUCACGACGCGUCGACGCGGGAAAAAGCGCGCACACAGCCCAAACACCAACAACAACGCCAAUGGGAUGAGCGGCAACAAUGGUCCGCGCCCAAGAGGGCGCGCACAGCGCGACAGGUCACGCUCGCGCGCACUCUCCACCAUCCCCAUGGCAUCCAUGCCCCCUCUCACUGUCCCCGCACCAGACGAUGUGGCGGUGCGCGCGCUCGGUCUCGCCCAAUCGGCUCGUCCAGGUGCCGGCGUUCUCUCCCUCGAGCACGAGCAACUCGUGCGCAUGCGUGAAGGUCACAUCUAUCGUCCUCGCCCCGGACGUAAAGUCGACGCCGAUCGUAACUGGCGCGUCCUCACCCUGUCCGAGGCGGCAUGGACGCGUCUCGAGGAGGUCGGAUGCGUCGGCAAGGGUCGCGCCUGGACGGCCCGUGAGGGCUAUGACGACCACGGUGAACCUGUCAAGCCCGAGCUCCCAUACGUCAUGCUCACAAAGCUGGUCAUCGCCUCCAGCCCACGCAAAAUGCUCACUCUCAACCAGAUCUAUCAGGGCAUGGAAGAGCGGUGGCCAUACUUUCGGUCGCAGGGCCAGACAUUCCGCAACUCCAUCCGCCACAACCUGUCAAUGAACCCGGCCUUUAUCAACGUCGAGAGGCCCCUUGACGAAGGCGGUCUCGGUGCCAUCGGCAAGGGUGGCUACUGGCGUGUAUCCGAGGACAGCACCACUUCUCACCGCGGUCGCGCGAAAAAGCAACGGGUCAAGGGACCAGACGAUCCCCCCAAGCCCCGCGGCAGGCCCAAGAAUUCCAGCAAGCGCCAGCGUUCACCCACCCCUCCUUCCCCCGGAAUCCCAAUCGACCCGGCGCUCAUGCAGUACCACCCCCGGCACGUGGUUCCUCUCCGGCCCGCUACUGUCUUCACCCCCCGCCGCUUUGGCGGACACGGCCUCAAUGACAUGGAAAUGGACCAAGACGCUCCCGCCGUUGGCCAGCCGGGUUCACCAUCGCGCUCAACCCCGGCCCCUAACGGCUACCACCACUUUCUGGACGGCCACGAGCAACCCCCCGGUCUGUAUCCCUCCUACGGCCAUGGCCCUCAACCGGGUACAUACCCGCUGCCCCCACGCGACAUGUACCGCUCCCACCCGUCGCAACCCGAGUCACUCGAGCGCGGCCAGCCCUCCAGCAGCGAAACGCAACUCCCAACGCCUCCCAUCAGACACGCAGGCCAGGCCCCCGCUGCCACCCAGUGA